AUGAACGUGAUCCAUCGCCAGCACCUUCCGCCAUCUGGGACUGAAUAUUCUUGCCAGGCCUCCUUGACACCAUCCACCCUAUCGCGCUAUUCGGACGUCAUCACAGCAUCUAAGACUCGGCCAAAGCCAAUAACCAAUUUGAUCAUUGCACGAUCGACUCUCCUCCAGGUCUUUGAGCUUUGUCUGGUGGACGAUGAUGAGCCUGGAAAAAAUCAUUUGAGAAACCAAGUGGGAAAGCACAACAAGAAGAAGUAUAAGCUGUUCCAUGUGUGCGAGCACAGGUUGCAUGGCAGAGUGACCGGCGUGCAACGGCUCACCACACUCGACACCCAGGAGGAUGGCUUGGAUCGACUGCUAGUGAGCUUCCAAGAUGCCAAGAUGACAUUACUGGAGUGGUCUAAUCCAGCCGCCGAUUUGGUGCCCAUCUCACUGCAUACGUUCGAAAAGCUACCGCAGAUCACUCAAGGGGACCUACCUAGGGACUUCCAAGCGCAACUAGAAGCAGACCCACUCUCGCGAUGUGCCGUGCUCCUCAUGCCUCAAGCCACCCUAGCCGUCUUACCGUUCUUUCAGGAUCAGCUGGAUCUCGAUGGCCUUGGUCUCAGCGGUGGUCUCCACAGCGCCCUGGGAUCGGAACAACAGCGGUUUCAGACAUUCCCUUAUGCCAGCUCAUUCAUACUCGACUUCAACCAACAAAUCCUCAACCAUCUCCCGUCUACGAUCGAAAAUCAACAGCGGCCAAUCAAAUCCGUCAUCGCAUUAAAAUUUCUUCCUGGAUUUAGUGAACCAACAUUGGCGGUCUUGUAUCAAACCCAGUACACUUGGUCCGCCAGACUCGAAAAUGAUACGAACACGGCAGCGCUAAUCGUCCUCACCCUUGAUUUGGGCUCGAACCAUUUCCCAAUCAUCUCGCAUACCAAAAACUUGCCCUACGACGCACAUGGAUUGAUAGCAUGUCCCAAGGAGCUCGCGGGAGUACUAGUGCUUUGUGCUGACAUGGUAUUACACGUCGACCAAAGCAGCAAGAUCAUCGGUGUUGCCGCUAAUGGCUGGGUUAAACACACCUCUGAGCUUCCAAUUCCGCGCCAAGAAACUGUCCAAGUCAUCAGUCCAGUCACCACCACAGAUAACUCCGAACGCCCAGAAGAUCUUGAAGAUGGGGAAGAACAAGACGAUACUUCCUUACCGGAAGGACACGAAAAACUGUUGGUUCGACUCGAAAAUUCUAAGAUUGUAUUCAGCAAGCCGGACCUAGCAUUCGUGUUCUUGAGGAGCGGCCAAGUGUUUAGCCUCCGGUUCCAAAGAGAUGGCCGGACGUUGACAAAGCUGAUUUUCGAAAAAUUCGAUGUUCGAUCAAUCGUCCCGUCAACCGUAACCAAAAUGACUGAUGAUUGUUUGUUUGUCGGGUCCAUGUCCGGAGACUCUGUGCUCUAUGGCAUAGAUGAGCUUUGCAUGCAAAACUCGACCGAUCGCCCUCCAAACGCGCCAAUUCAAUCCUCCCAAAUAGUCAAGACACAAACGAACCUCGACGUAGAUGAGGAUAUCUACGGCGAACGCAUCGAGUCUACCCAUGUACAGCCGAACGAACAUUCUGAACUUUACGAUCCGCACUCGUCCAACCGUGUCGAUGACGGAAGGCCCGGAGGGCUUCAAUCCCCCAAACCCUUCCUCCGUCUUUGCGACGUCAUUCAGGCUCAUGGCCCGAUUCGCGACUUCACGAUGGCUUCAACCGGCGUUGAAAACAUGCCACUCGAGCUGCUCGCAUGUACAGGCACCGGUGAUUUGGGAGGACUGACAGUUUUUCAUAGAGAAAUGCCAUUACGGAAGAAGCGCAAAUUAAGCUUCGAGCGCCCGACUUCCAAAAUCAGUGCACUAUUCUUCACCUCACUUUCAGUCGUGAACAGUAGGAUGUCGGAAGAAAGAAAGCUGAUUUGGAUUGCGCGGUCGGGCCCUCGGACUGAGAUAGCAACAUAUGAAAAGUCUGACAAGCUUUCUCUUAUCAUGACGUUACCUGAAAAAACGCUGGCUGUCUCGACAUUCUUCGGGAAACAAUUUGUUGUCCACGUUACAAAUGCUCACAUCAAGCUACUUACAAACAGUCUGGACGAAGUGCAAGUCAUCCAACCCGAACCAGCAGUCCAAAUUGCACGUGCCACCAUUAUGGAAGAUUACGUGAUGUUGGAAACCUGCUGUGGCCUGAAGCUGAUAUACCAAGGGAAUCAUGAAUCCAAAACUCUAAGCAAGCUACCUUCCCCACCAGAUAGUCAUGAAGUCCACACCGCAAGCCUUUUGAAAGCCAGUCUGCCCAUCUACAGUCUCAAACAUUCAACAAAUCGUCAAUCUUUCUCAAAGAAAACAACUGUGAAUGAAGAACAUGAUCUGUAUAAUAACCCCCCUCAAGACUCCAACGGUGACGUAGAAAUGCAAGACAAAAGCUCGGCCGUAGAGAUCAACUCAUCGACCCUCGAGGACUCCCCUGAGACGUGUUGGCUGCUGACGACGACAAAAAAUGGAAGCUUCCAUAUUCGACAUCUUCCAACGCUUGCGAUUGUGUUCACAGCACCUAGACUUGAUACCUUACCUGAAACAAUAGCUGAUGAGGAUAAACUCGAGGACGACACUCAGCCGGUUGAACUUUUCGGCUCGGUUGAAGAAGCUGCGCCGCUAGAGCCCAUUGAUCGCAUCUUCGGCUUUCUCACCGGCGCGACCGCUUCCCGUCCCCAUCUUGCAGUGAUGCUAAAUAACGGAGCAUUUGCAGUCUAUGAGGUUCUAAGCUCGUACACGAUUCCCAUGCGACUAACCGAAAAGAACGGGCACCCUGCAAUCUUGCUGAAAAAAGUGAUCGCCCGUCAAUUUGAAGCUUUGGAAAACUCGGACGAAUUGCCCUCUGGAACGGAAGACCAUAAGAUGGACCAAACCAACAUCAACGACCAACAAUCAAGUCCGCCGUCCCGGAGCUUCACAGCACUGAAGAUGGAUGGAAAAUUCCAAGGGGUUUAUUUAGCAGGUCAACCGCCGGUCUGGUUGUUAUCGACAGACCAUGGACCUUGCAGAAUCUAUGAUUCUCCGGAUGACAAGACCAUUCACGCUAUUGCGCAACUACCUGAAGGUUUCCUGAUGUCUCUUACCGAGUCAUCGUCUCAGAGCGAGAGCCAGACUCAGGAAUGUGAACCAUCACUCUGGGAAACAUUCAUAUCCGAAUAUGUCUGUUUUGACCGAGAAGUCUCAUCCACACUCGUCAAGAGCGGCCGACCGUUCAACAAAGUCUUUUAUGAUUCAUCCUCCGACACGGUCGUUGGGGCUUCAUAUCUAGAGACCGCUUUCGCCAAUUUUGACGAGGAGGGGAAUCUGAUGUGGCAGCCUGAUGACGAUUCCUUGAUUCGCGCCACCACUUUCAGGAGUUCUUUGGAGUUGAUACUUCCUGGCAAAUGGGUUACUAUUGAUGGAUAUGAAUUUCAGCAAAAUGAAUGGGUGACGUCCAUGACCAAUCUUGAGUUGGACUCUCGGAGUACGAUUUCUGGGAGGCGACAGUUCGUUGGGGUGGGAACUACUUGCAACCGGGCCGAAGAUCUGGCCGCCCGCGGGGGAAUUUACGUGUUCGAAAUCAUCCAAGUCAAUCCAAGUGAGAGGCAUCGCGAAUACAACCGGUCCUUAAGAUUGCGGUAUUACGAAGAGACCAAGGCCUGCGUGACGGCUCUGUAUGCUAAAUGCUUCGAGCAGGACGAAAGGCUUUUGGCUGUGGGUUUUCUCGACAUUAAGCCCUAUGCAACGUGCCUGAGGAUCUUCAAGAAUUUCAUUCUGCUGGGAGACGCGGUGAAAGGAAUAACCUUGGUUGCUUUCCAGGAAGAGCCAUACAAACUGAUCGAACUGGGUCACACUUAUGUGGAUCUCAAAUGUUCAACCGUUGAUUUCUUGGUGAUCGAUGCCAAAUUAGCAAUCGUUGCCACUGAUCUCAACGGUGUCAUUCGUAUCUUUGAAUACAACCCAACCAACAUUGAGUCUCAGGCUGGACAAAAGCUCCUUUGUCGGACCGAGUUUAAUACUUCGAGUGAGAUGUCAUGUUCGAUGCAAUUCGGGAAAAGACUUUCCCCAAAAGACGAAGCAAAAGUAAUGGGCACAUUUUUUGCGAGUUUGGACGGUUCAAUCAGCUCUAUAGUGCCAGCCAAAGACGCCGUCUAUAAACGUCUCCAACUAGUCCAAACUCGGCUUACAAGACACGUCCAACAUUUUGCGGGUUUGAAUCCUAAGGGACACAGAACUGUAAGAAACGACAUGGUUUCGAGGGCGAUCAAUAGAGGAAUCUUGGAUGGUGAACUGCUGAUGAAAUUCGAAUUAUUAUCAAUCACUCAACAGAAGGAAAUUGCUAGUCUUGCAGGCUCCGAUAGAGAAACAGUCUUAGUGAACCUUCUCAAUUUACGGGGUUUAUGGUAG